CAUGAUGUAAUGCGCCCGGCUGGGCGAGGCUUCCCUCCUCCUCCUUCUUCGACCCCUCCUCCGCUCGCCGGCUUGCUGCAUGGGGCGGAUCAGCGAUUGCUGUGGUCGCCGUCGGGGAUCCUCCAGCGCCGCCGCCGCCCGCGCCACCUGCCCUCCCUGCGCACAGAGGAGCCACGCCGGUCAGUGGAGCCGCUUCCAGCCAGCACCGGUUAGUCGCCUUGGAGGAGCCGAGGGAUCGCUGCGGCAGAGACCAGUGGCGUGAGCUCUCCGCGUCCCCGGUCCCUGAUGGUGCCAGAACCGCACUGAGGCCCACCUGAGGAGUCCAGACCCGCGUGGAGGUUCAGAAAGGGUUCUGGCCUGAACCCAGUGUCACCAGGGAGAAGUCCGACUUCCCUGCAAAGCAGAAAGCUGAUCCACAAUGUGAGGAAGAGCAAGCGUGCGAGUAGAGAGCGAGGAACACACCGAGGGAGAAGAGGGCCGUGCUACUGCUGCCCCGGAAGCUUCUGAAGGAGCCGUUCGGGCAGCCGGAAUGGGGUGUCUGUGCAUGCUGCUGGCCGUCACGCUCUUGGUGACGGACGUUUGUCAGGUGACCGCAGCGGACAGUGACGUUACUCCACGCUUAAGCUUCCCAUACAACUCGGAGGAGAGGGCCGCCAAACGCUUCUCUGCUCCCGGGGUCUUCAAUUACACGUCGGUUCUUCUGAGCCAGGAGGACGGCAUGCUGUAUGUGGGAGCGAGGGAGCUUCUGUUUGCCCUCAAUCUCUCCAACAUCAGCCGGCCAGAGCUGCACAAGAACCUGACAUGGAGGACCCCUCAGAAAAGAAGAGAGGAAUGCAGCUUCAAAGGCAAAGAUCUGCAGACCGACUGCUUCAAUUACAUAAAAAUCUUACUGAGGUUCAACAGCACCCAUCUGUACAUGUGUGGGACGUACGCCUUCAGCCCGCUCUGUGUGUACAUCAACACCUCCAACUUCACUCUGGUCAUGACCAAGACGGGAGAGAUCGUGACAGAGGAUGGAAGGAGCCGCUGCCCCUUUAACCCCGAGUACAAAUCCACGGCCAUCAUGGUCGAUGAGGAGCUGUAUGCCGGCACAGUCAGCAACUUCCAGGGAAAUGAACCUGUCAUCUACAAGAGCCUUGGCCAGGGGACAGCCUUGAAGACAGAGAACUCCCUGAAAUGGCUUCAAGACCCGGCCUUUGUGGGAUCGGCUUACAUCCACGAGAGCCUCCCCAAAGACAACCCACUCGGCGAUGACGAUAAGAUUUACUUCUUCUUUAGCGAAGUGGGGCGGGAGUUCGAUUUCUUCGACAACACUGUCGUGUCACGCAUCGCACGUGUGUGUAAGGGGGAUAUCGGUGGUGAGAGGGUGCUGCAGAAGCGGUGGACGACUUUCCUGAAGGCCCAGCUGCUCUGCGCUCUGAAUGACGACGGUUUCCCCUUUAACAUCAUCCGGGACGUGUUUGUACUGAAGCCCAACAGGAAGGAGGACUGGAAGGAGACCCGGUUCUACGGGGUGUUCACAUCGCAGUGGUACAGAGGUGCUUCCGGAAGCUCAGCUGUGUGCUCCUUCACCAUGGACCAGGUGCAGGCCGCCUUCAGGGGUCGCUACCGUGAGGUCAACCGCGAGACACAGCAGUGGUACUCCUACAACCAUGCUGUGCCUGAGCCCCGGCCUGGAGCGUGCAUCACCAAUGCAGUGCGAGCCCUGAACAUCUCCUCCUCACUGCAAAUGCCAGACAAGGUGCUGAACUUCGUGAAGGACCACUUCCUGAUGGACAGUGCAGUGCGCAGUGCCCCCCUGCUGCUGAAACGCAGCGUGACGUACACCCAGAUCGCCGUGCACCGUGUGCGCGCCCUCAGAGGGACCUACGACGUCCUCUUCGUCGGCACAGAUGAUGGAAAGCUGCACAAAGCUAUCAGCACGAACGGCAAGAUGCACAUCAUCGAGGAGCUGGAGCUCUUCUCUGAACCUCAGCCGAUCACACACAUAGAACUGGACUCUGUCAAGGGCCUGCUCUAUGUGUCCUCCUACUCGGGGAUUCUGGAGCUCCCAGUGGCCAAUUGCAGUAACUACCAGAGCUGUGGCGACUGUGUUCUGUCGCGGGACCCUUACUGCGCCUGGACGGGGAGAGAGUGUGCAGACGUCAGGGGGGCCCCUCCCGACAGCCAUUGGCAGCAGGACGUGGAGGCUGCGGACAUGACCGCCACCUGCAAGAGGUCCCCACUCAGCCACCACCUUGGCAGAAAGGCCACCCUGCACGUGUCUGUGUGCCAGGAGGUCGUCAUUCCGGCCAACAGCUUCCGGGUGCUGCCGUGCGACGUGCGUUCCAACCUGGCAGAGAGGCGGUGGGAAUAUAGUGAGGGCGCUCGGCACUCCGUGUAUGCCAGCCCCGACGGGGGUCUGCUGGUGGUGGCCCAGGCCGACACAGAGGAGAACUACGCCUGCUGGUCUGUGGAGGAGGGUUUCCAGCAGCUGCUGGCCAACUACUGCGUGCGGGCCGAGGUCUGGCAGGAAACCACCACCCUGAUGGGUCGCACCCGGACCACCCAGGUCCACCGGGACACUAUCGUCCUUCCCGGAGAGGCGCGGUUCCCAUCCAUCAGCACCAAGACCUACUGGAAUGAGCUGAUCAUUGUCUGCACUCUGCUGGCCUUCUCGUUGUUGGUCUUCUCCUUGUUGGUGGUUUAUAGAAAUCGUGGCCACAUGAAGUCCAUGCUGAAGGAGAGCGAGUGCCCCAACAUACAGCAGAUGAAGCCCAGGAUGGUGAGCAAGCCAGUGGAGAGUUUGCCCCUCAAUGGCAACCCCCUACCUGCCUCCUCCUCCGAUCACAAGGGCUACCAGACCCUCAACGACAACUACUUCUGCAGCACACCAACGCUGGACUCCUCCCCCGAUAACAGCAAGAGCUUCUCCGAGUCAGAGAGGCGGCCGCUGAACUUCAAGGAGAGUCACGUGGAGAUCUCGCCCACCUGCCCACGUCCACGCAUACGACUGGGCUCGGAGAUCAAGGAUUCGAUUGUGUGAGGACCCAGUUAAGGUGGUGCCCGUAUGAGACAUCCAACUCAAAUGAAGCGAUCAACAGAACAUGUGCUCUCAAAACGGAAACGUCGAGUCAAGAAGGAAAAAUGACAUGAUCCUCAGCGUCAUCACCAGGGACGUUUCUGCUGUCUGACUUUGUCCCUGGUGAAGUCCACCCUCGUCCUGUGCUGAGGUACCUUCCUGAUCGCACAGUCACUGCCUUCUUGCCUGCACACCCCCGAGAGCAAAUCACCCGACCGUCACACUUUGCCUUCGGUGUUGUGAUGUCAAACGUGAUGAACAUCUCUCCACUCCGACCCGGAGAUCUGUGAGGCUUUGUUGACAUUGUCAGGCAGGUGUCAUAGCCACACGGUAUCUCCACCCUGCACCAUCUGAACCCAUGGCCAAUACGGUGCAGGAAUCACCAGAGUGGAUGAGACACCACCAGCACUUCUUGGAGAACGGUUCUGUCUGUGCCAAUAAGGCAUCACCUCGCUGCUGUCUGACCAGAGAGCGACGUAAUUUAUCUGGGAUAUCUGGCAUGCUUUUUAUUGUUUUUCUUACCGGAGCAUUCACAGAGAGUCAGUGGCCGCGGAUUUCUAUUCUUUUCCGCGGUUUACUCUCCCAUCCCGUGGCGAGCUUUACAAGGGUCUUUGGCUGCGAAUUCUCUCGCUUUUCCUGGUCCGACAUCUUUUGGUUUCACUUUGAAUGGUGUAUUCCUGUUUCGGUUUUUUAGUUUAAAUCCCCCUAACCUUCUCUCCACCAAAAGGGCAAACACCAGGUCGUCCAGCCAACUCUCCCACAGUAACAUUUCACUUCAUAGCUUUGAAGAGGAGGUGGGGAUACAGGGCAUGGAUUUGGGAAUGUCUGUGGAAUCUAGAGGAGAACUGGGCCAGUUAAACCUUAUAGCACAAAUUCACUAUGCAAGCUGACGGCGGAGGAGUGAUGAGAAGGAAGCCAUGUUUCCUCGUGAACUGAAGGUCCGCAGUGGGUUCCAUCACACGUUGAGGCACAGCAAACACGAAUUAGCGUGCAAGUCUGAGCCGUUCCGUGGACAGAGAGGGUUGGGCCUGCGGUUGCGAAGACCACAGUGACUAGACAGCCCCAUGCAGCGUGCAGAAACCGACGGUGACACCCCAGGGCUUUCGUUUUUGUGCGCUGCUGUUGACCAAAAGCAUCAGACCUCGUGCCAGAAGCACCUCCCUUUUCUGCUGCUUUCCUCACUGCUCACCCCAUCCUACGUCACGAAGCCGGUGUCACUUCCUCUCUGUCCUCGGACCCGGCGCCGGCACCGUGCCGAGCCAGUGGCCCAUCUUUGUGGAGCAGUUGAGGGUCCGCAUUCACUGGCCAGCCGUGUGACGGGAGCCCGGCUCUCUCACUGCUCCGCUUUCCUUCCCUUGGAGCGGCUUGACACGUCAUCCACAAUUAAAAGCCACUUCCUGCACCUUCCUGAAGACGAAAUGCAUCAAGCGGCACCAACAUGACGCGCACUGCCUCAUUUCCCAAAGGAACAGCGAGGAAAUGACCAGACUUUUACCGGAGUGGUUUAAAAGCGGAAUGUGUCUGGGGUACUGAUAGAUAUUCCAAAGCCAACCUUCAAAUAAAAUGAUGUUCUGUCUUAUUUAAUUAUGUUCUGUGGUUAGAUAUUUGUACAAGGGAGCUGAUUUGACAAAGUGACAGACAGACUGCUUCUGAUUGGUCUAGUGUAUGUAAAUGUAUAUUCGUGUUGUAUUUGAGGGAUUUUGUGCAAGAUGUAUUGUUGUAGAGAAAUUAGACACUGAUCAUUGUGGUGUUGCCUCUAGGGGGCAACGAGCCGUACGUUCUCAUGCGCUGUACUGCAUUGCAUUUCCUGCGAUAGAAACAAUAUCCUUCACAGUGCAGAGGAAUCCCAUGUCCCUUGGAGAGUGACACUGGUAUAUGCGACUAUGGAGGCCAGAUAAAACAGCAGCGUUGUUAACAUAAAGCACAGUUAUUCAGACUGUUACUUGUGCACCAACCAUUCCACUGGGUAGAAAACCACUGCCUCUCAUCUUUUGGCAUCCUGAAAUUCACAAAGGCAGAGCAAGUCUGGCUAACGUGAGCCAUUACUGUUGAAAUUUGGAAUGCCGGUUUACUUAUUUUCCCCCAGUAAAAGCCUAUGAUCUGAUGAUUAUAAAAGGCCACACACUGAUUGGUUGGCAAUAAGACUUUGGGCCGUUGGUGAGCUGACAUUGAUCUUAUGAACUUUUCUCCUAGGGAACGCAGAUACUGUGUUCGAAUGGGAGUAGGAACCAUUUGUAAACUAAAAACCAUCUAGUAAAUUUUGUGGUGUUCCGAUAUGUGGAGAAUUUUUUGCAUGAUAUUUGGUUUCGGGACACACUGGCACGCAAUGAUUCUCUCUUAAAAGGAUUUCCUCAUUGGUGAUACCCUGGGUGGCGUGUGGGGGUUUGCUUCAGUAACUGUUAUUCGCAGCUGUGUUUAAUUUUUAUUGAAAUUGCCUUUUUUAUUUGAAUCUUUGUUAUAUUUCAAUGGCCUUGUUUUUGCACAGUACUGUAUAAGCCUUAGCAGUGACUUCCCUCCUCCAGUGUCCCCUA